GGCUUGUUUGGACCUAGACCGUCGACUUCCUCUGAGUCAAAUUGUUUAAUCCUUCUCAGUUUUUUGAGAUAGGAUUAUAAUCAUUAAUAACCUCUUCAAGAAGUAUUGGAUAAAUUCAUUUAUUCAAUAUGGCUUCACGCAAAGCUAUUCUCUCCCUUUCUGGAGUGAGGGCAGCGAUCCCUAAACGCAGCACUUCUAUUACCCCUCGACAAAUUCAAAGAUAUCAAUCCUCUUCUACUUCAGCUCUAGAAUAUAAGGCGCUUCACCGUCGCAUCUCCCCUCUUCCUACAUCCGAUGCUCCUCCAGCCUGGUCAGCUCAAGCAGCGGUUUCCAAUAUUCUUUACGAAACCCCCGCGCCCUCCGCCACUCCAGCAAAACGCCAUGUCCUUAACUGUCUCGUACAAAACGAACCUGGUGUUCUCUCCCGCGUUUCCGGUAUUCUCGCAGCUCGUGGCUUUAACAUUGACUCCUUGGUCGUUUGCUCUACCGAAGUCGAAGAUUUGUCUCGCAUGACAAUUGUUUUGUCCGGUCAAGACGGCGUUGUUGAGCAAGCUCGUCGCCAAUUGGAAGAUUUGGUUCCAGUUUGGGCUGUUCUCGAUUAUACUACUUCGCCGCUCGUACAGAGAGAAUUACUUCUUGCGAAAAUCAAUCUUCUCGGUCCAGAAUACUUCGAGGAAUUGUUGGCGCAUCACAGAGAAAUCACUGCAAGUGACCCUGAAGCUUUACAAGGUCAAGAUGAUUGGGCUACAAAGCGAUUGGCAGAAUUGAAGGAUAGUGACGAUUUCCACCCCGUCAAAUUGGCUCAAAGUCAAGCUUUGAGACAUAAGCAUGAGCAUUUGAAGUCGAUUACAUAUUUCACGCAUCAAUUUGGAGGCAAGGUUUUGGAUAUCAGCACACACAGCUGUAUUGUCGAGGUCUCCGCCAAACCAAGUAGAAUUGAUUCAUUCAUGAAGUUAAUUGCUCCAUUCGGAAUUCUCGAGUCUGCACGCACAGGUCUUAUGGCUCUUCCUCGAUCUCCAUUAUACGGUCCUAACGAACAGGACAACUUAGUGAAGGAUGCUGAAGAAAUUGUUGAUGCAAGCACUUUACCUCCAGGUUAGAUUUGAUGAUAUGUGGUUCAAUGGAUAUGGAGUCGGCGUCACAAAUUAUCUAAAAUAAUGGAGGAUAAGAUUUAUUUCUGCAUGCAAUUCUGUGUAUCAUUUAUACAUCAAUGAAAAUUACAAUAAACGA